AGCAUGGCUAUUGGAAUGAAAUACAUUCUAAUUUUGAAAGGUUUGCAGUUUGAAUAAUAAAUAGUCGUUAAAUAACUUAUCAUGAAUUUUAUGAAAAUGGAAUAAAAAUUGAAACAUGGUAGAUAUUUUAUAAAGAGGAGGGUUAAGAUGAUUUAAACAUCAUGUAUAGAAAUUAUUUUUCUCCUUAGUAUCAGUGGAUUUUUUGAUUACGAUGGAGUAAAACAAGGUAAAUGGAUGGAGUUAGAUGAAAACUUUAAUGAGUACUAAACUUAUUAAUUCUUAGUGAUAUGA